CAAGCUUCCAUUCUCUCAGUAUUGCAUUUUUUUCCCAAAAUUUAGCUAGCACAGAGGAGAUAACGUCCGUUCCUCCUCUAUAUAUUGUCUAUGACCCUGAUCCUCUUUCUCAGUACAAAAACUGACAAAUAUGGUUCUGACUAGUAGGAAAGCCAAUAUGCCUAAUAAACCACACGUUAAUAGAAAACAACAUCUUCGUGGUAAAAACCAGAAGAAGAAAGUAUCAUUGAAGUUUACCAUUGAUUGUACACAUCCAGUUGAAGACAAUAUCAUGGAUGUUGCCAAUUUUGAAAAAUAUCUACAAGAACGUAUCAAAGUUCAUGGCAAAACAAAUAAUUUUGGCAAUAAUGUGUCCAUUGAAAGAAAUAAGAUGAAACUAUCUGUAAACAGUGAUACUGACUUUUCUAAAAGGUAUCUUAAAUAUUUGACAAAAAAAUAUUUAAAGAAAAAUAAACUACGUGAUUGGCUUCGUGUAGUUUCUAAAGAUAAAGAGAUUUAUGAACUGCGUUAUUUCCAAAUCAAUAGUCAAGAAGAUGAUGAUGAAGAAGAUGUGGAUUAAGUAUUUUUACUUUAAAUUGGUCUUACAUCUGUAAGAAUUGAAUAUCAAUAAAUAAAUAACAAAAAAUUCAGUUUUCAUUCUUACUUAUCUAGUGUAUUAUAAAAAAAGUGACUAUUAUUUAAUAUUAUAUUAAUACCUGGUUAUUCAUGUAAAUCAGAUAUUUUGUCUAUGAAUAUCCAAUAUAAAAACAGUUGAAAAUA